UAUACAUCGGAAUUGUGGAAGCAUUUUGUAUAACAACUUAAUAGCAGAGUCAUGAGUCGCAAUCUACUAAAAAAGUUACGUCUUUUGUUGAAACAAGUUACUCAUUUUGACAUUUGUAAAUAUUUCCAUUAUACUUUUCAUACAUUCCUGUCAUUUUAUUAUGUAUUAUUGUUUAUUUCUAGUAAGCCUUUCCAUACCCUCGAUAAUGCAAACUUUAAAGGAAGAUGAUACUUUAACCUUUUUAUUGUAUGAUAUGUAAAUUAGACAUUCUCCCAGUUUUAUACGGACAUUCAUUUAAGUAUAAUACCCGCAUCUAAAAGUCGUUAUGGUGGUGUCGAUUCGUUGUAGACUCCGAUCUAUUCCCAGAUUAUAAUGAUUUCGUAUAAUGCUAUGUGUAUUUUAUGAACAGGCAUUAAAAUAACUUGAUAAAGAAUUUCAUAUAUCAUGUUUAUAGUAAAACUUUAAUUCAUUGAUAUCUUUUAUCAUGUGUUUCAUUUGAUUGUUCAUUCAAUAUUUUUUGUUUUCGCUUAUAACUUCUGGAUGAUAUAUGUAUAUAGUGAAAAAAAUAAACCUUUCGUUUUUAUAAUGCGAAUGAGGUUUAUUCACUUUCAGUUUUGAUAUGCAAAUUCUGUAGUUGCUUCCAUAGGGCCUUUAUAUUUUCUCGAAUUUGAAAAGUCAUCAACCCCUCCGCAGCGCAAGCUGAUAUGUCAAAUAAUAAUACACAUUUCCUCCAUCAUUGACCUUUGAUUCGAGUCCUAAACGUUCGACGUACGCAUUCGUAUGACAAAUCCAGUGUACACUUGGCUCGUCAUUUCGAUUCGGUUAUGUAUCAAUGUUAUCUGCGAUCAUGUGAUCAGGAUCUAGUUUGAAGAUUUCAUCUGAAGAGAUCACUUUGUUGCCAAAAGGACGCUGGGGACAUGGCUUCUUCUUCCGUACAAUCACCCCUAGUGGAGUCUGAUUCAACUCUCAGUGACUCUGUAAGAAAUAAUGUGAACGUCACCGUAUGUUGUCAAGGCUAUUCGCAAGCAGUAUCUGGUCUUAUUCAUUAUAUCGAACAAAAUAUGACGGAUGUCGUGGAAAGUGUGAACUUCGAAUCACUGCCGUACAAUAUCAAUGAAAUGGACGAGUUUGACUUGAGAAGGGUCGAUGUCCUUCUACUCUGCCACUCCAUAAAAAACAGAAGAUACCCGAUAACCGAUGUCACAGGUGCACUUUAUGACAGUUUCCUUUACAGAGCCAUGAAACAUUUGGGAAAGAGUAAAGUGGGAGUCAUCGUCCAUGACUAUUUCGAAAAGGACCUUUCACCGGACAAAGUUCAUUCUAGAAUGUCUCGCUUUCGCCAAACCCAGCCUACAACAUUCCAGUGUGCAUCGCUUGUUCUGAUUGGAGGUCAGCUGUCACAUGAUCCAGUACAACUGACCCAUGAGCAGCUUGAAGAACUUCGGAGAUUUCUCUGCGCAGAAAUGAGUUUGACAGAAAGCGUACGCGUUAUGUCUAACAGACUUUCUGAUUGUUACUACUGUAUUCUAUGUGAUUGUUGUGAACGGUGUGUAUAUUCCAUUUUCUGUUGUAAAAAACGUAGAUAUGAGAAUUUGUUCGAUUAAAGCACAUUGUGUAAAUAAUCAUGACAAUUAAGUGUAGCUUGAUAAAUCCAUACGAUCCCAAUUUGAACCUUUAGUCUGCCAGACCAUCUUUACUCGCUCGAACACAAUCUCAUAACUCAUGGGGUCGGUAUUUUGUGUAUGCUCGGCUAUUCCUAUGGAAUAAACUAUAAAGCUAUCCUUUAUACUAUAUGCCGAUGAUACAAAUAUAUUUCAUAGCAAUUCAAACUUGAACUCCCUUUGUGAUAUUGUAAAUGCAAAUAUUGAAUAAAUAUGUAUGUGAAUGGUUUUAAAGCGAACAAAUUAUCUUUAAAUGUCAAGAAAUGUAACUACAUGGUUUUUCAUAAUAUAAAGAAUGUCGAUUUGAAUGAUGCAUGUUUGUUUGCUUUGUUUGCUUGAAAUUUAUUUUUGCGUCCCACAUGUUCAACAUAAUACAACAUAAUCAAUUAUUACAUA